CAGCAGCACAGUCUCCGAUAACAUCAGAAGGAGAUUAUUAUUCCAUCAUGUGCUCGGCCGGGGAAGUUUUGGAACGGUCAUGCUGGCGGAAGAUCCAUCUACCCGCAAACACUUUGCUGUUAAGAUCAUCAGCAAAAGAGCCCUGCUUGCUGAAGGUGAUGAUGAGUCUGUGAUGGUGGAGCGACGAGUUUUCCAGCUGGCAUCUGGGAGUCCUUUCCUUGUCCACGCAGACUUUGCAUUUCAGACCAAGCUGCAUGUGCUGCUCGGCCUGGAGUACAUGAGCUGCGGGGACUUUUACACCUACCUACUGAUGAAGGACCAGCUUGACAUCCCCAGUGCAAGAUUCUAUGCCGCUGAACUCGUCUGUGGAAUCCAAUUCCUGCACUCAAAGGGCGUCAUCCACAGAGACCUGAAGCCCGAGAACAUCUUGGUGGCUGAAACGGGCCAUGUAAAGAUCACUGAUUUCGGUCUUGCACUUGUCAACAUGCAUGGAGACCGAACAGCCACCUCAUACGCUGGAACAAUCGGUUACAUAGCUCCUGAGAUGCUGGCUAGGAAGGAGUACAACGCCGGAGUAGACUGGUAUUCUUUCGGUGUCAUCUUGAAAGAAAUGGUUACCAGUGAUUGUGCGUACCAUCAGACAAUCGAUGAUGCAUCCUCCGGCAUUAAGAACAUCAUUAGAAAGCUCCUUCGGAAAGAUCCUGCCAGACGCUUAGGAGUUAAUGGUAACAUCAGAAAGCACCGAUUCUUCCAGCGUAUGGACUGGGUCUCUGUGGAAGCCCUAGAGUUGCCUCCACCAUACACACCUGAGCCAACUGAACCUCAUCAUCGUCCUAAACCAUUCCACCUGGACAAACUGGAGGCAGCAGAGGUCAGAACACCUAUUUCAGCAGCGGACCAGGCCUUGUUCGAGGGAUUUUCUUUUUGUCAACUUGGAAACCCUUGAUGAAACACCAGCUCCAUAGUCACCAGAGCAAGCUGCCCCCCCUGAGCCUCUGGAAGAGGAAGAUCAAGUGAAGAAGAGAAGGCUGGACAUCACUGCAGAGAUCUACAAGCAAGUCCUGCAGGAAUGAAGAGGAGGAGAAUGAAGCACCUUGCUGCGUCUGGCCCCACAUUCCAGAAGAAAGAAAGAGAAGAAGAACAAAGGCAAGGAUCACCUCCAAAUAUAUAAAAAGAUAAGUUAUGGUAAGUAAGGUAAGUAUAGGUAAGUAUAGUUUAUAAAUAUUCAUAGUUAAUAGAAUUCAAAAAACACAAAAAACAAAAAAAAAUGUAGUAUUAUAGUUUUUUUUUUUAUGAUUUAGACUGUGUACUGGUAAAUUCAGCCAUGCCAUCUGAUGUGAAUACAACCUCACUUGCAGAUGGUGUGACCAUAGGGGAUG